ACUAAAGUUUAUAAAAGAAAACGAAAACGCACCGUAGGAGUUCAGUGCCGUAUUCAAAAGCAGAGCGUGCUUUAGUCGCCCAGCAGCAGCAGCCAGCAAUAAACCCGAGAGGCCAGCCACAGAAGCGAGUUGCUUUAAAUUAGAUUUCUAAUCACCCCAAAACACACACAAAAAAACAAAGCAAAAUGUCUUCAGAUGCGACAACCGACAACCCCAUCUAUGGCCCCUUCUUCGGUGUUAUGGGCGCAGCGUCCGCCAUUAUCUUCUCAGCACUCGGCGCUGCUUAUGGCACUGCUAAGUCUGGUACCGGUAUUGCUGCCAUGUCAGUGAUGCGUCCUGAACUGAUCAUGAAAUCCAUCAUUCCUGUGGUCAUGGCGGGUAUCAUUGCCAUUUACGGUCUGGUCGUCGCUGUCCUGAUUGCCGGCCAACUGGAUACGCCCGCAACUUAUACCCUAUACAAGGGUUUCAUUCAUUUGGGCGCCGGUUUGUCUGUGGGCUUCUCGGGCCUGGCAGCCGGUUUCGCGAUCGGCAUCGUGGGAGACGCCGGUGUGCGGGGAACAGCACAGCAGCCUCGUCUGUUCGUCGGCAUGAUCCUGAUUCUCAUCUUCGCCGAAGUGUUGGGUCUCUACGGUUUGAUUGUGGCCAUUUACCUGUACACGAAAUAAAUCAAUCAAUUUAACACUUACACACACACAACAACAAGUAGACAGAACAGCCCAGCAAUCAACAACAACAACAACCAGAACAACAACAUCAAACAUCAAGAAAUGCAAGUAAAAAGUGUAUCAAAUAAUAAAACCAUCCAACAAUAACAAACGACAACAACAAAUGAAAAUGAAAAUAAAAAUGAGAAUGCGAAUGCGAAAAACGUGGCAACUCUGGUCGCCGUUUGUAUAUAGCAAAAAACAAAGAAACAAAAACUAAAUAACAAUAACAACAACUGCAAAUAGGAGUUGGGCGCCAGGGUUGUCAACAACAUCAUUUUUUAUAAUUUCCUUGUUAUUGAAAUAUUUUACUUUGCAAAUUUCGACUAAAUUGCUGGUGCACUGUUUAGUUAAGUUUUAUUUUUCCGUUCAAAUCAAUUUUGCAGUUAAGUUCAUAAAGUUGUAAUAUCAAA